AUGUCGAUGAGGGCAAAGUCGUACGCGCUCAAUGGCGGCCAUACCGCAGGCAUCUUCGCCGACAUGUCCAUCGACGGCCCCGUUAUCGGUACCCUCGUCGCCGUCGUCGACAGGGCCAAGAAUCUGCCAAACCGAAAGACGAUUGGCAAGCAGGACCCUUACUGCGCUGCGCGGCUGGGCAAGGAGGCGAAGAAGACGACGACGGAUGUUCGGGGUGGUCAAACCCCUAGAUGGGACCAAGAACUCCGCUUCACCGUGCACGAUUCGGCCGACUACUACCAGCUCAAGGUCUCCGUCUUCACCGACGACAAAAAAACGGACCUCAUCGGCGAGGCCUGGGUCGAUCUAAAGAGCAUCAUCGUCGCCGGUGGUGGCCAGAACGACAUGUGGCAGACUCUCACCUGCAAGGGCAAGUACGCCGGAGAGAUUCGUAUCGAGAUUACCUUCUACGAUAGUCGGCCCAAGCCGGAGAAGCCGGCGAGGGCGGCGAAUUCGUCGGAGCAGGACAACGCAUCCCCGAAGCAGAAGACGCCUGUCAAGAGGAGGCCGCUGCCGUCGGAUCCCGUCACCGGCGAGGCGCCAGCUCUCCCCGUUUCGCCGCCUGCCCAGCCUUCGCCCUUGGAGCAUCGACAAACUCCUCCGCGAUGGCAGGGGAAUGACGGCCCGCAGCCGGGCUUCGUCGCCACCCAAUCACCGCUGCAGUCGGUCGAGUACAACACGCCUCCGCCCGCGAGCCGACAGCACCCGGACCAUUAUCCAAGCCAGUACUCGCCCUCGCCCCAGUCCGCUUUCGCGACGGGCCGUUUGGAUGGUCCCCGUCCGUCACACCCGUCGCGAGAAUCGUCAAGUGCCCGGACGCCUUCGCGCCAUCGCGACGACCGGGAUCACCACCACGGUCACCACGUCCAUUCUUCGCCGUACGAAAGGCAACACCCUCCCUUUCCGGAGCAUCCCCAUGACGCGGUGACGGAGGACUUCCGAGAACAACCACCGUUGGAGGAUGGAGCCCCCCCCCCUCCCCCCGCUCACCGCUCCAGUCCCGCCGGCGGUGGCCAAGAGCUUGUUCAUCGGGGCAGCUACGACGGUUCGCCUCAAAAGUCGAUGCAGUCCGUUCAGAUGAGGCAGGAUGUGUUGAGGAGCGAGGCUCACAGGCACUCGUCCCCAGCCUAUCCGGGGCAGCCCGUCUUCCGGGCCCACGAUCCGGCACCCUCGAGCCCGUACCAUCCUGCUCCUCACGGCUCGACGCACGAAGCGGCCUCCCCGAGGUACCCGUCCUACGACGGGUACGACCCACCUCACCGAUCGAUGCAGCCGACGGUCGAAGAUGUUCCCGAGUCUCCCCCGGGACCGAUGCCGAACACGUACCAUCGCCCAGUCGCGCGGAUGCACUCGCGUGACGAGACAGUGUUCGAGACGAACCCGAGCGCCGUGCCGCCAAACUUUGGCCGCUCCGCAGGCGCGUCGUCGCAUCCGCUGAGCAGCACCCCUGGCCAUCACUCGAGCGCCUGGCAGAACCAGAACGGCCAUGCUGGUGAUGGGUAUGAUGUAUCCAGCAGGGACUACCCCAACAGCCCGGCGCACCCGCAGCACAACCAGGAUAUCCACCGUCCCAGCCCACGCCGAGACUUUGAACCGCACCACCAGUUGCGAAGCUCGCCAAGCUACGGCCCACCCGACGCGCCCCCCUCGCUGUCACCUGGUCAUGACCCCGCGCUGUCUCACGAGACUCCGGAGCAGAUGUACGAGGAGAGCCGGACCGGUGGCCAGCAUCCUUUGCAGCUGACGACGCCAACACGGGGCCGCCGCCAGUGGGAAGGGUCCCCCACCUAUGUCACCUCUCCCCAGAGCUACUCGUCACAUCCUCACGAUCACCGGUCGGCCGUCACGUAUUCCGGAGGUCCCGACAACCAGGUGGUGGUGAGGCGUAGGGCUGUCUCGCCCAGCCCGAACCCGCUGCACACGAUCCGCCGCAAGUCCGUGAGUCCCGUUCCGCCUCCGUCGGAUGACAGGAUGGCGUCGGACGUUCCUUUCAGCCCGGAUUCGUACGACGCGCUGAAUCCAGCCAUGGCAUCUCCUCGAGAGGAACAGUCCGCCGCACACGGACGCGGACACGGCCAGGCCGAGGCGGAUGAAAAGAUUAUCAUGCAUGACGGGCGCGAGGUCGAUCCAUCCGACCAUUUGCCCGUCGAGUCCUGGGCACCGGAACCCUUACCCAAGGUCCAGAAUGAACAGCCACCGGCCGAGUCCCGCAGCAGACCGUCGGGAGCACAACCCAUGCCCCCCAGUGGGCGGCGGCCCCUUCGCAUCGCCACGCGACCGCAGUCGAAGACGGCCGCGCUGCCGCCAUCGUACAGCUUCGGAGAUGAUGCUCGAGGUGCGCCACUGGCUGCCGGUGCAGGGCGCAGCCGGCUACAAAGAAGGGCCCAUCGCGGUUCGACCGCUCCUUGGGCGGCCCCGUCGAGCCCGCUGGCGCCCGUGUCGACGGACAACUACCAGGAAAGGCAAGGUCUGUACAUAACGACUGGAGGCAGGGACCUGCACGGCGGCGGAUCCUGGGGGUAUCCGAACGAGAACCAGGCGCCAUACUACGGGUCGAGACCUCCGAUCCCAGCCAAGAUGCCGUUGCCGAUGAUGAGCGGAGCCAAUGGGGGGGGGGACGUGGCGUUGGUGGAGGAGAUGCAGAGCAUCGAUCUCGGUGCUGGCCGGUCGAGGCGGAAGGGAGGAUACUAG